AAGAAGCAGACGAAUUGGUAAGCUGAAGGUGCCAUGGCGAUGGAGAUAAUCACUGCCAUUAUUCCUACAAUAAUUGACUUCACAGUUAGACCACUUGGACGGCAAGUGAGUUAUGUCAUUUUCUACAAAAGCAACCUUAAAGAUCUAAGGAGUAGAUUGAAGAAUUUUGAUGCUACCAAACAAACGAUGAACCAUGCGGUUGAAGAAGUCGAAAGAAAAGUUAAUCAAAAAGUGGAAGCUGAUGUCUGGAACUGGCAGACAGAAGCGGAUCAGAUCUCUCGAGAGGCAGAAGCAUUAUUGGAUGAUGAAGGCCGUACAGAGAUAAGGUGUCUCUAUAUAUGUCCUAACCUGAUAUCCUAUCAUCAGCUCAGCAGAAAAUCAACUAAAUUGGUGAGAAAGAUUGAAGAACAUGAAAAUAAAAAAGAGUUUGCCAGUAUUUGUUACAAUGCUGCCGUGGAAGACAUAUCUGCCAUAGCCUCUGACGAGUACAUGGCCUUUGAAUCAAAGACUUCAAUGGUGAAGGAUAUCAUUACGAAACUGGAAAAACCUGAUAUCAACAGGAUUGGUGUGUACGGAUUAGGGGGCGUUGGGAAGACAACACUUGCCAAAGAGGUUUACAGAAAAGUUGUGGAAGAGAAUUUAUUUGAUGAUGUGGUUAUAAUUCUAAAUGUAAAAGAAAAGAAAGACGAUGAAACAAUUCAAAAGGAAAUUACCAAAAAGUUGAGGAUGGACGUUGAUGAAUCCGAGGAUAUGGGAACAAGGGCAAAUCUCCUACGGGCCAGGAUAAAAGAUGGGAAGACUCUUGUCAUUUUAGAUGAUGUAUUGAAAAGAACUAACUUUGAGGUUAUGGGACUUGUCGGUGUAUCGAACUUGAAGUUAUUGUUGACAUCUAGAGAAAGAAAAGUUUUAUUCUCUGAUAUGCGUACACAAAAAGAAUUUCGACUUGGGUUUUUAACAGAAAAAGAAAGUUGGAGUUUGUUUGAGAAGAUGGCAGGUAAUGUUGUGAAAAACAACCGUAUACUGAAAGAAGCAACCCAACUAGCAAAGAAAUGUGGAGGUUUGUCGGUUUUGGUUGUUGCAGUUGCAAGUGCUUUAAGGGAUAGUAGUCUGGAGGAAUGGAAAGAUGCAUUGAGAAGUUUCAAAACAUUUGACAAGAAGGAAUUGAAUGAAAAAGCAUUCUUGGCUCUAGAGUGGAGUUACAAACAAUUGGAGGAUCAAGAGCUUCAACAAUUGUUCUUGAUUUGCGGAAUUCUUGCUGGGGGUUCGAUGUCUAUAAGUCUUUGCAGUGACUUGUUGAAGUAUAGUAUGGGUUUGGGCUUGAUAAAAAAUGUUGAGACAGUGGAACAGUCACGGGUUUCAUUGAAUUUAAUGAUUAAAAAACUAAAAAAUUCUUGCCUAUUGUUGGACAGUUAUGAAGAUGGGACUGUUAGGAUGCACGAGCUUGUUCGAGAUGCUGCUAUCUGGAUUGCAUCUGAUGAUCAAAAGGCGUUUUUAAAAGUAUAUGGAGAUGAGGUCAAAGAAUGGCCCACUGAGGAUUUAUGUAACAAGUACACCGCCAUCUCCUUGAGGUUUUGCAAAAUCCCCAGAUUUCCUGAAGUACCUUGGGUAUGCCCAGAAUUAAAAUUGUUGGUCUUGGAGAAUGAUAAUAUUGGCGACUCCCAGGAAAUCCCAAGCAAAUUUUUUGAAGAGAUGAAAGAACUCAAAGUGUUGGAUGUAACCAGAUUCCGUAUUCAGUCGCUACCUCCAUCUCUUGAAUCCCUAAAGCAUCUCCACACAUUGGGUUUAUAUGACUGCGACUUGGUAGAUAUAACUCUUGUUGGACAGCUAACAAACUUGAGAAUCCUUAGCGUGAUAGAGUCCAGGAUUAAAGAGUUGCCUGAACAAAUAGGACAAUUGACUCGUCUACAAUUAUUGGAUUUGUCCGAUUGCUCUGAACUUGUUAUGAUCUCACCUAAUGUUAUAUCAAGCUUGACAAGACUAGAAGACUUGAGGAUGGGAAUAAGAAGUUUCAAGCUGUGGGAAGGUGAAGGUUUGGUCGAUGGCAGAAAAAUUAAUGCUAGCGUUUCAGAGCUGAAGCACUUAUCUCAUCUAUCUGCAUUGGACAUACACAUUCCAGAUGCUAACCUUCUUCCAACCAACUUGUUGUCCGAUAAGUUAGAAAGAUACACCAUACUUGUUGGUGGUUGUUGGGAAUAUCCUGUCUUCGAUGAAACCUCCUCUAACAUGCUAAAACUCAAGCUCACCAGGAGUAAUCAAUUCGAUCGGGGUAUAAAGUUGCUGGUAAAGAGAUGUGAGCAAUUGUACUUGGAUGGGGUAGAGAUUAUGAAUAUUAUUUCCUAUCUAUUUGACAGUGAAGCUGUUAAUCAACUGAAGCAUCUCCACGUCCAAAACAACGACGAAGUCACAUAUGUCAUUAACUUCGUUAGUUGGAGUUAUUCUCAUAAUGCCUUCUCUUGCUUGUAAUUUCUAUCUCUUGAAAACCUUGUGAGUUUGGAAAGCGUAUGUUAUGGGCAACUCAUAAGUGACCAUUUUCAAAAGUUAAAAUCUUUGACACUACGGAAUUUACCAAAGCUUAUUGGUUUCUCUUCCAAUGGCAAGCAAUUAACGAAUGAUACAAAUGCCGACAAAAUCGUGUUGGAGGAUGAAGUUGGUGGACCACCGAAACUGUUCAGUAAUGGGAAGGUUUCCAUGCCCAACUUAACAACCUUGACUGUGCAUGGAUGUGAUAGUUUAAGAUUCUUGUUUUCGAGUUCCAUGGCUAAAUGUCUCGGACAACUCAAACAUCUCAAGAUAUCUAAAUGUCAAGCACUACAAAUGGUAUAUGACAAAUCAUCUACCACCCAGUUGAAUGGUUUUAAGUGCUCAAAUCUAAACUCAGUUGAGAUAGACUCAUGUGAUAGUUUGGAAAAUGUCUUUCCUGCCUCAGUGGCCAAAGAUCUUAAGCAGUUAAGCAAGUUGAAGGUUCAGAAUUGUGGUUUAAUGGAGGAAAUUGUUGUGAAGGAAGAAGGACCACAAACGACAUACGAGGAGUUCGGGUUCCCUAAAGUAACAUCUAUGGAAUUUGAUAAUUUGCCCCAACUUCGGAGUUUCUAUCUAGGACUACAUGUUUCUAAUUGGCCAUCACUCAACAUAUUAAAGUUCACGAAAUGUGGUCGUGUGGAGAUUUUUGCUGCUGAAUUUUCAACAUAUCAAGACAAGUUUGAGUUGGGUCACCCAAGAGCAAUGGAACAACCUUUCUUUUUAAUUGAGAAGGGUAAGUCAUUCCUCAACUUGGAAUACUUAAUGUUGGAUAAGAAUACAGAGAUUUGGUAUGAACCGUAUGGUCCACUCCCGGCAGAGUUGUUGAGCAAAGUAAAAUCAAUUUAUUUUGCUACUUCACAUCCCAAGUCAGAUGUUUUCCUUGAGAAUUUACAGAAUAUUGAAAUGCUCCGUGUGCUCUCUGCUCCUUGGAAAGAAUUAUUUGUCCACGACCACCGAGGAAGUAGUAGAGAGGAAAGACAUGAAGUUGAGACCCUCCCACGUGUAAAGGUUUUGUGGCUCAUCGAUAUCCCGGAGCUGAUACAUCUAGGAAUGGAAAACUCCCAACCAGGGGGCCCUGUUUUUCCAAACUUGGAAGCUCUAAGCGUUCACAAAUGCGGCAGAUUAGAGAAUCUAGCUUCAACUUUAAUAUCCUUUCGGAAUCUAACCGUUUUCAUCAUAGGGGAUUGUCACGGACUGCAAUACUUACUUCAUCAUUCUGUGGCUAAGAAUUUGCAGCAACUCAAGGAGUUGGACGUUAUGGCCUGUGAAAGAAUGGUAGAAAUAGUAGCGAGCAACAUAGAUGAUCCAGAAAAUGAGAUUACUUUCAGUUGCUUGCAACGUUUAAAUCUUUCUGAUCUACCAAGACUGCAAGGAUUUUGCACGGGAAAUUGCAUUUUCAAAGUCCCAUCCUUACUGCCCAAGGAUUUGAUUGUCAAGAAGUGCCAGCUGAUCAUGUUAAAGAUUUCUCCUGAUGGAUUACUUAAAGAUCCACGUCCAGAAAGACUAGAAAUAGUAGAGGAAACUGAUGAUGUACUAAUGCUAAGUGAUUCAAGGGAGAAUGAUCGUGAUCAAACUGAUCAGUUGAUGAUUGCGGAUUCAAAUGUAGAUGUUACAAUUGCAAGACUUUUUGCCAAAGAGGAAUCCUCCUUUUUUGUUCGGCGUGUUAAGGUUUUCCAAUUGUGUGCGAUUGUUUGUUUGUGUAUUAUUUUCCUCUUCCUUUUGUUUUUCCUUUUAAAGGAAGAAAUAUCAACCUCGAGAGUCGACUGGAAGGCACUCUGA